UAUGGAGUCAUUAAAUGAUGGUAGUUAAUCGAGGAAAAAAUACGCUGUGAUCACACCAGCAGUGAGAAUGGCUUUUAUUAAAAGAGUCUAAUCCAAAUAAUCAACAAUAAAGUAGGCUGCGCAAGAAUUUGGAAUUAAGUUUAGCACGUCUAAAGCUAUUUUGUAAACUUACAGAAGGGAAGGAAGAGUAGGGAAGAAGAAGACACGUCAGAGACGAAGUACUUCUAAGUUAGAAUCUCUACCUGAAAAACCUUAAGAAAUCAAUAAAACAAAAGAAUCGUUGGCUCCAGUCCAAUCUACUUAGACUUCGCCCAUCGACCAAUAAUUUCAAUCGUUAUAAUUAUAGUUAAACUAAUAAAUUUAACUGAUGUAGCUCAGCCUGUCCAUGAAUCCAUACAUGCUUCUUCAACAGUAAGUGUAUUAAUUUGAUUCUAGAAACCAAUAUUUAAACUAGUGUCUAAUGUAAUUGCAAACCCAACAAAUGAUCAAUUCUUAAGGAUGGUAGUAACCUAUUCAGCAAACUCAGCCUCAUCUUUAAUAAUUUGGCCGUAUACAAGAGCAAAGACAAUAUAUAACUCCGUUAUAAUCUAGCAAGUGUCUGGACCAAAAAUUUGAUGAAGGACGUACUACACUAAAGGAUUUCAUUUGAGAAUGAUAG